GCAAGGGGAGUGGUGUGUUGCUGUGCCUGGGUUCCUGCAGUGAUCACCCUCGUGUGAUUUUCCACUGAUUCUCCACAUUUGGACAGGCUGUGUAACCGGACUGAAGAUGACCAUGCUGCGGUCACAGUUUGGACUAAAGGUGCUCAUUGUCAUUUUGACGCUGACAAACUCAACCACGUGCCAAAGCAGAAAGAAGAAAGGACAGAGAGAGGACAACUAUGUCAUCAAGAGUGAAGCCAAAACCCUGAUCUGCCCAGUGGAGAUCAUGUUCAUCGUGGACAGUUCGGAGAAAGCCAAAGCUCAGCUGUUUGAGCGACAGAAGGUGUUCCUCCUACGAUUUAGCACCAAGCUGGCACAGCUCCACUCCGCUGGCUGGCGCCUGCGUCUUCGCCUGGCUGCCCUGCAGUACAGCAGCACCGUUUCAGUGGAGCACAACUUCAGAGACUGGCAGGACGUGGAUGUGUUCCAGAGCCGCGUGGCAGCCAUGAGCUUCAUCGGCCACGGUACCUACUCCGCCUAUGCCAUCACCAACGCCACCCAGGUGUUCAGCCGCGAGACAUCCCCCAGCAGCCUGAGGGUGGCGCUGUUGAUGACGGACGGAACGGACCACCCCCGCAGCCCCAGUGCUGUGAGAGCUGCUGCCGAGGCCAAACGACACAGCAUCACGCUGUUUGUCAUCAGGCUGUCCAGCCCGACCAAGGACGGACCUAUGAGUACGAAGCUGCGCUCCAUCGCCAGCGCUCCACCACAGCAGCACGUCUUCGGCCUCACCGACAGUCAGCUGGAUGAGCGACUCUUCAGUGAACUGAACACCAUAGUGAAAACUAGGUGUCCACACCCAAAGUCCUGCCUGUGCGAAAAGGGGGAGAGAGGUUACCCUGGAUAUCCAGGGACACCAGGGGAACAAGGGUCUGGUGGAGCGCUUGGUCCAAAGGGAUCUCAUGGGGAACACGGUAUGAAUGGACGUCCAGGACUGGAGGGCCUUGAGGGUAAACCUGGCAGCAAAGGGGAAAAGGGAGAACAGGGUGAAUGUGGUGCCUCUGGAAAAAAAGGAGAAAAGGGAACUGAUGGACUCGCUGGCCCUGGAGGCACCAGAGGAGAGAAGGGAGCCAUGGGAACACCUGGAGAGCAAGGUCCAGAGGGGCCAUCAGGCUCUAAAGGAGAGCGAGGACCAAGGGGUGCACCUGGACCUCCAGGGGAUACAGGGGUUGGGUUCCCUGGUCCCAAGGGCGACAGAGGAACCCAGGGGAGACCAGGACCACCUGGACCCAUCGGUGUGGGUGAACCAGGGAUGACAGGUUCAUCGGGGCCACCAGGGAUACAAGGAUCUCCAGGGUUUCCUGGUGAGGGUCUGCCAGGACCAAAGGGUGACAGGGGCUAUGAGGGGCCUAAGGGCGGCCGCGGACCUCCAGGGUUGGGGUACAAAGGUGAUAAGGGGAACACAGGAGCUCCUGGUCUGCCAGGUUUGGUUGGGUUUCCAGGGCCAAGCAACCAAGGAGAAAAGGGGGACCAAGGGCCUGCUGGGCCCUCUGGUCCUAGGGGACCUCCUGGAUUGGGUAUAGUUGGACCAAAGGGUGACCAGGGUUUCCCUGGAGACCCUGGACCUCCGGGAGAGUGGGGUCUUGGUGACACAGGACCAAAAGGAGAGCCAGGACCUAAUGGGACCGCUGGGAUACCUGGUAUUCCUGGUGAGGAUGGACUUCCCGGGCCUAAGGGAGAGACAGGGUUGCAAGGUCUGCGAGGCCUCGAGGGAUCACCUGGGAAUGGUAUUCCUGGAGAAAAGGGAGAUAGAGGUGAUCGUGGGCCAAGAGGACUUCCAGGGCCUCCUGGCCUGAUUGGCCCUGCUGGAGCUAAGGGGGAACCUGGGAGCCGAGGAAUGAUGGGCCAACCUGGACCUGCUGGGCAAGGCCUUCCUGGAUCAAAGGGGGAUCCUGGGACUGUGGGACCAUAUGGACCCAUGGGAGAACCUGGAAUUGGAAUUAUUGGGUCAAAGGGCAAUAAAGGAAAUUCUGGGCCUGUGGGACAACCAGGGAUAAAGGGAGAGGGCGUCCCAGGACCACCAGGUCUUCCUGGCUUACCAGGAGUGCAAGGAGAUACAGGCCCUGAAGGGAAAGGCUUACCUGGACCUAAGGGUGACAGGGGGCUACGGGGGCUCCCAGGCCCAACAGGUCCUCCUGGAAUUAGACUUUAUGGACCAAAGGGUUCUAUAGGACAGCUAGGUCCCCCAGGCCUCCUCGGGCUUCCAGGAGAGGGCAUCCAGGGACCAAAGGGUGAGUCUGGGUUUCGAGGGCCAAUGGGCCCUCGGGGGUUGCCAGGAGACGGCCUCCCAGGGGAGAAGGGUGACAGAGGCAUCCCUGGAGGCCAGGGAAAGAAAGGAGACAAGGGAGUCUAUGGAGAACCUGGUUCUACUGGACCAAAGGGCAGACCUGGAGGGAAGGGUGAACCAGGGCUGACAAGAGAGGAGGUCAUCAGAAUAAUAAGGGAAAUCUGUGGCUGUGGUCUGAAGUGCAGAGAGGCACCUCUGGAGCUGGUGUUUGUCAUAGAUAGCUCUGAGAGCGUGGGACCAGACAACUUUGAGCUGGUGAAGGACUUUGUCAAUGCUCUCAUUGACCAGCUGUCGGUAAGCAGAGAGACUACCCGAAUAGGUGUGGUCCUCUACAGCCAGGUAAACAUGGUGGUGGUAAGUCUGCAGCAAACGUUAAGCCAAGAUGAAAUCACGGCUGCCAUUCAGACGAUGCCAUACUUGGGUGAAGGCACCCUCACCGGCAGUGCCAUCCAUCAAGCUAGUGAGCUGUUCCAAGCCUCGCGGCCCGGUGUGAGGAAAGUGGCCUUGGUUUUAACAAAUGGGCAGGCUGACCCGCAAGACCUCAGACAUUUUCAAGAGACAGCCUUGGAUGCACAUGCUCAGGGGGUUGAGAUGAUUGUUGUGGGAGUCAUUAACAAGACCGACCUUCUGUAUGAUGACUUCCAGCAAGAGAUCAAUGUGAUUGCAUCUGAACCUGCUGAGGAGCAUAUCUACCUUGUAGAUGACUUCAGGACACUUCCCACUCUGGAAGGCACAAUACUGAGUCAGAUUUGUGGGCAGGAUGACACAGCAAACUUUCUACCAAACUCGGUCUAUCGAGCUGUGGAAACCCACCCAGAUGUUCCAGGGGACAGCGGCUUUCAUACCCAUUCCAAAGAGUUUGCAGAGGAGGAAGACACACACUCCCCUGAAUCCAGGUGGCCUGAAGAGGACCUGGUUGAUACCACACCGUUGCUGGAGCCCUGGAGCAGGCGUUCAAACAUCACAUUGCGUUCAAACGGUGCCGGAGAGAAGCCGGGCGUAGUGAUGAUCUCCACGGUGGGUCCACAGAAUCCAUCUGAUUGGCUGCAUGAGGCAAAGAGCACACAGGCACCGGUGAGCCCUCCACCCCCUCCACCCCCGACGGACUCAUCGCUGCCAGCUGAAGGCUGCAGUCAGCCUCUGGACCCAGGUUCCUGUCGGGAGUACAUAGUCAGGUGGUACUACGACCCUGAGGCCAACACCUGUGCCCAGUUCUGGUACGGCAGCUGCAAGGGUAACGAAAACAACUUUGAGUCUGAAGCCAACUGCAGGGAUUCCUGCAUCUACACGUAGCAGACUGCAUUUGGGGGGAAAGGAACAUCAUAAAGGAACGGAGUGGACUUGAGGACGCAGGUGUUUGGACGGAGCUCGCAGGACUAGCAGCUGCUGCUCUGACUGCUACAGAAGAAGAUGAUGGAGAGCUGAUGUGGAGCUCCUCGAUGUCUCUUUAGCUACUUUCACUGUGCAGCUGCUGAACUAAUGCACACAUUAUCUGUCUAUUCAUUUUGGAGCAGUGAGACUAGGGUCAUACUUUCUGCACUCUCGUGUCUGCUGAGGACCCUACGUGGACGUCUGAGCAGCCCACAGUUUGGUGGCGUUGCCUUGUUUUGGACAAAAAGACAAUGUAGGAGAUGGUAACCAUGAAUGCUGGCUGGAGAUUUAGUGAGGAGUUCCACUGGUGGUAAAGACACACAGAUUUGGGGCAAACUCUGUGGAACGCUAAACUUUUAGCACGAGCAUGUGCCAAAUGCACGGCAGAGCUCUGCAGACACGGACUGCAGAAAGUAUGACCCAGGAUUUUCACCUGCAGAGGACGUAGCAUGACAUGAAAAAUGUUGACAGAACCAUGGAAAUGAUGGGUUUGGGACUUGUCGUAUUAAUAAACAAACAAUCCACCUUGUUA